AUGUUAUCGCGAUCGACACAACGUCUAGUCAGCCGGCUACGGCCCCUACCAUCAUUACCUACUCCAGUCUCACAAGCUCCUGCUAGAGCACAAUCUCGUUGCUUUGCUGCAACUCGACUAAGGCCAUCAUCCGCAAAGUCUUCUGCUUCUGAUAAAGCAGCGCCUGCGCCGAGAUAUCCAAGUGCUUCUCUCGCAGUUCUCUUCGCCGGAGCAGCUUCCUUUUGUCUUGCCUAUCAGCUGUCGCAACAAUCCCCUACAAGAUGCGAUUAUCAUUCUGAGGACGACAGUGUUUCCGACCUACAAGGAUCCUCUCUCCCUUGCUAUCGCAUUGAUGAAGUGCGCAAACACGACGCUCGCUCCGAUCAUCCUUGGAUUAUCCACCGUGAUAAAGUGUACGAUAUCACUGAAUGGAUAGGCGCGCAUCCCGGUGGCGAUAUCAUCCUUCGCGCUGCAGGUGGCUCUAUUGAUCGGUACUGGGAUAUUUUUGCAAUCCACAAAAACGACUACGUCUAUGAUAUUCUGAAUCAGUACUUGAUCGGUUAUGUCGACCCAGAAGAUCUGGUCAACGGACGCCCAUCACAAGACGAGAUUGAGGACCCCUUCUCCGAUGACCCGUCUCGACAUCCGGCUCUGGUGACCAUGACGGAAAAGCCCAGAAACGCAGAAACUCCUGCGAACGCCAUGACAAACGAGUUUCUUACUCCCAACGACCUUUUCUAUGUGCGCAACCACAUGUGGGUGCCAAAAAUCGCAGAAAACGGCAGUAAUCACAACCUGACGAUAGAGCUUCCUGACGGCACCAUAAAAGAAUACACCCUUGCCGAUCUCAAGUCGCGUUUCAAGCCUCACAAAGUCACUGCCGCCCUUCAAUGUUCUGGCAAUCGCCGCCGACAUAUGAAUGAAGGAUCGGGAAGAAAGACCAACGGCCUCCCAUGGACUACAGGGGCCAUCUCUAAUGCUUGCUGGGAAGGCGUACUGCUUUCCGACGUGCUGGCAGAUGCAGGUUUCGACUUGCACUCAGGAUUGACAGGAGAGUCCGAAGCCAAGCACGUCCAGUUCUCCGGCUUGGAAGCCUACGGCGCAUCGAUUCCCAUCAAAAAAGCCAUUGACCCCCAAGGCGACGUGAUACUCGCCUACGGAAUGAACGGUCAGGCGCUUCCGCGCGAUCAUGGAUUCCCGCUGCGAGCGAUCGUUCCAGGACAUGUCGCUGCGCGAUCUGUAAAAUGGCUGAACCAUGUCACGCUCAGUGAUGAAGAGAGCACAACUCAAUGGCAGCGACGCGAUUACAAGUGCUUUGGACCAAACCAGACACAAGUAGACUGGGAUACUGCACCUUCUAUUCAGGAGAUGCCUGUCCAAAGUGCUAUAACGACCUGCAAACUCGGUGACUGGAAGAAGAGCGAUGACACUUAUACCAAGCCUGCUUCGCUGACAGGCUACGCAUACUCGGGCGGCGGUCGUGCCAUAGUCCGCGUUGACGUCUCUGCAGAUAACGGCAAGACCUGGUCCCAGGCUUCCAUUAUUCCCGACUGCUCGACCAAAGAGGGUGAGCAAUCUCCCUGUUUUGGCCACGCAGCAUGGGCUUGGCGAAGAUGGAAGUUUGACGGACCCGUACCGUUGAGCGCUUUCGAGACAUCAGAGUCCGGGAAGCGUUACGCUACCUUUGUCGUGAAAGCCACCGACGAAGCAUACAACACGCAGCCAGAGAGUUAUGCAGCAACGUGGAAUAUUCGCGGGAACCUUGCUACAGCGUGGCAUCGCGUCAAGGUUUGCGAUGAGAGCUCUAUCGAGGAGGGACGCGGAUAG